AUGAUUGUUUUGAAUACAAUCUCCAGCUCUGAUGCUGUUAAAAGCAAUGGAACAGGACAAAUAGCUCGUGAUGCUCCGUUAAGGCUGAUGAAGGCUAAUGAGCGUUUAGAAUCAAACGGUUGGCAAUUAUCAACAACCGCAGAUGUAGGCGGGUCCGGUGGAUCUGGAGGAUUAACAGAGGCGUUUGAAGGCAGCAGCAACAGGGAACCAAGAGACCACUCCUUCUUCACCGGAUCUGAGGAUCCAGCGGUGGAGAGUUCUCACGGAGGCGGAGGAGCAGCAAUGGUGCCAUGGGAGAGCGAGACAGUGAGCAGACGCUGUGUAAAAGUACAGAGGGCUCGUCGAGAAAACAGGGCACGGCGAGGGAGAAGACCAACCUCCGAUCAGCCUCUGCGGCGACUAGACGGAACACUGGUUUCAGGGGAACAUGACGCACGGACCUACGCAGGGGAAGCACGGUCGGAAAAUCAUCGGAUUGAGUUGCGUCGCGCGGCGGCGGCUGUGCCUCGGUAA